AUGACGCAAGACGUGCUCUGUGUCACCAGCAGUAAACUCUAUGGCUACAAAAAGGCCUCAGCUUUUCAUGUGUCCGGACUCAAGCCAGCCAGCUCUGUUAAAUUUCAGCUCUUCUUGCGGAAAUCUCCCAAAAGAAAUCUUGAGAGAUUUGAAGGCUGCAGCGACUGCUUCAGGGAGGGGAUUCCGUAUGUUGAGGGUGACCAGAAGGACAUCAUUAACACCGCUACAAGAAAAGCAGAUGGAGUAGAUACAGAGACUGAGAGAGGACAGCAGAUGACAGGAAAAGGCAAAGUUGUGAAGUGCUGUGGUACAACUGAGAACGCAGCCGAGCUGACAGAGCACCCAGCUGCUGCUGAGCGGGUGGGCUCCACGGGCACUCGGCAGAACAACCAGGCAAACCCUUGCAAGACGUACCCGCCGCAGGUCAUGGGGAAGGCGCUGGAAAUGGCCGAAGACAUCCAAGUGACCGGCGCGCCUGUCCGCACCACGAGAGAUGAACUGGUUGCCAAGGUGAAGAAAAGAGGCAUAUCAAGUAGCAAUGAAGGGGUAGAGGAGCCUGCCAAGAAGCGAGCUGUUGAGAAAAGCAAAGAUUCUAAGGAUGCUGGAAAGGAUGUGAAAACAACCAAGGCAGAAGCAGGGAAGCAAACAGAGAGUGCAUUGCCAAAAAAGCAGGAAAAAGGUACUAGCAAAGAUCCAGAAAGCUCUCAGUCAACUUGCAGUUCAAAUCAAGAAACGGCCACAGCGUCAGACGUAGAAACUGAAGGAAAACCUCCUAAUGCUGAAAAUACCACUGAGCAAAAUCCAUCUUCAUCUGAAAAGGAGUCGGGAGAGAAGCCUUGCUCGGAUUCGCCUAAGGAAAGCAAACGUGAAAAUGUGCCGUCGCCUGAAAAGAAAGCUACAGGUCCCUCGUCGCUGGCCUCCCGGGGCGCACCUCAGGCCGGUGCUUCCCUGCUGGCCUCCAAGGGUGGCACGCAGGCAGGCUCACCGCAGCUGGCCUCCAAGAGCGGCUCGCAGGCGGGUGAGAGCCCCGCUAAGGCUUUGUGCAAACCGUUAACCAGCGAAGAUGCGAAGGAGAGGCAGCCAUUUUUCAACAGACUGUUAAAAGCUGUAGCCUGGAAACUGGUUGCUGUGGGAGGCUUCAGUCCGAACGUAAAUCACGCAGAACUUCUAAACUCAUCUAUUCAGUCUGUAAAAGCUACGUUAGAUGUUGCUUUUGUUCCCCUGAAGGAACUUGCAGACUUGCCUCAGAAUAAGAGCUCUCUGGAAAAUAUAGUUUGUGAACUGAGGUGCAAGUCUGUGUACCUGGGUACUGGCUGUGGUAAAAGUAUGGAAAAUGCCAAAGCGGUUGCUUCAAGAGAAGCUUUGAAAUUAUUCCUCAAGAAGAAAGUUAUUGUGAAGAUAUGCAAAAGAAAAUACAAAGGUAGAGAAAUUGAAGAUUUGGUACUUCUGGAUGAAGAAUCAAAACCUUCGAAUUUACCUCCAGCUUUAAGAAAUCCUCGCGAGAUCUUGUAGGGGAGGAUCGCUGUUUGUACCGUGUAUAGUAUUUCAACACAAGGACUGAAGGUUAAUUUUGUACU